AUGUCGGGAACCAUUGCUCCAGUUACUGCCGUAAUUACGGGGUCAUUCCUCUCCGGAGCAAUGAUGUCUCUCACUUUUAUCACGGUUCCAGUUUUCUUUGACACGACUGUCGACGAGGUGCUUCUUGUUAACCAGUGGAGACGCAUGUAUCACUACGGGCACCAGAUUAUGCCGGUCUUGGCAAUAGGCACAUUUGCGUUGUAUGCCGUUACGUGCAUCAAAUACCAUGCUGCUAAAAGGCCAUACGGCAUCUUCGCUCUUGCUGCCGCGGCAACAGUCAUCAUGAUACCGUUUACAUGGUUUAUUAUGGCAAGCACGAAUAAUAGACUCUUCCAGUUGGAGGCAGCGAGCAAGAUGCGCUCCCCCACGGUGGAAGUCACGGGAGUCGCGGAGCUGUUGGUGACGUGGAACUGGUUGCACUUUACGAGAUCGCUGCUGCCAUUAUCGGGAGCCGUCUUGGGUACACUGGGAACAUUUUGA